CUCUCUCAGAGUAGAAGGUCAGGAGAAUGGCAGAGCUCAGUAUUUCAGUAGAUGAGUACCAGUUCAGCUGUCCAGUCUGUCAGGAUCUGCUGACGGAUCCAGUGACCGUUCCCUGUGGACACAGUUUCUGCAUGUUGUGCAUCGAUGCCUGUUGGGAUCAAGAGGAUCAGAGGGGGGUCUACAGCUGCCCCCAGUGCAGAGAGACCUUCACUCUGAGGCCUGUUCUACGCAGAAACUACGUAAUAGCUGAAAUAUUGGAGAAACUGAAGAAGACAGACGUCCGAGCUGCUCCUCCUGCUGGAUCUGGAGACGUGGAGUGUGAUUUCUGCUCUGGGAGAAAACACAAAGCUGUAAAAUCCUGUCUGACGUGUCUGGCUUCCUUUUGUGAAGAUCAUCUUAAACCUCACUAUGAAGUUCCUUCUUGGAAAAAGCACAAGCUGGUCAAAGCUUCCACACGACUACAAGAGAAGAUCUGCUCUCAACACGACAAACUGAUCGAGAUCUACUGUCGCACUGACCGAAGCUGCAUCUGCUGUUUGUGUACAAUGGAUGACCACAGAGGCCACGAUUCCAUCUCAGCUGCAGCAGAGAGAACCCAGAAACAGAUGCAACUGAAGGAGAUGCAAAGAGAAUUCCAGCAGAUGAUCCAGGAGGAGCAAAAGCAAGUACAGAAGCUGGAACAGGCUGUGAACACUCUUAAGAAAAUCAACAGCAUGGGUGUUGAAGACCUCCUGGAGAAACUGGGGCAGGAGAUCGCGGAUCUAAAGAGGAGAAACUCUGAGCUGGAGCAGCUUUCACCCACAGAGGAUCACAUCCAUUUCCUCCAGAGUUUCCAGUCUCUGAGCGUCUCUUCUGGAUCUGAGGACUCCUCCAGCAUCUCUGUCCAUCACCAUCUCUCAUUUGAUGGAGUGAGGAGCUCUCUCUCUGAUCUGAAAGAGAGACUAGAGGAGUUCUGCAGAGAGGAGUUCAGGAAAAUCCCUCCACAGGCUGCAGCAGCUCCUUCAUUCCUCUCUGGUUCUGAGAGCAGAGAAGAUUUUCUACAGUAUUUCUGUCGGCCGAUUCUGGAUUCUAACACAGCGCAUCGCCACCUCAUCCUGUCUGAGAAGCAUGGAGUGGUGAAGUGGAGUAAUAAAGUCCAGCGUUACUCUGAUCAUCCAGAGAGAUUUGACCACGUAUAUCAGGUGUUGAGUGUGGAGAGUCUGAGUGGACGAUGUUACUGGGAGGUUGAGUGGAGCGGAGACGUGUCCAUAUCAGUCUCUUAUAAAGAGAUCAGCAGGAAAGGAGGUCUUGAGUGUUUGUUUGGACACAACAAUCAGUCCUGGACUCUGUGGUGUUCUUCUUCUUCUGCUUUCACUUUCUGGCACAACAACAUUAGAACUCCGGUCCGAAAAGCUUCAUUCUCCAGAAUAGGAGUUUAUGUGGAUCACAGUGCAGGAAUUCUGUCCUUCUACAGCGUCUGUGACACAAUGACCCUCCUACACACAGUCCACCCCACAUUCACUCAGCCUCUCUAUGCUGGGCUCUGUGUUUAUUAUGGAUCAUUUAUGAGGUUGUGUGAUAAAAAUUGAUGGUGGUGAUUGUAGCUGAUGGUCUGUGAGGCCUGUUUGACUGAGUUUCUGCUCUUAUCAUGUCUUUUACCUCCUCUCAAUGUAUAGUCUAUUAAUAGUGAUUAUCCUCUUGAAAUCUCAGGUUUAUUACACUGUAAAGUCAGAGUUUUACUUUCAUGAAGUUUUGUGAAUGAACACAUAGAGCUGAAUGGUGACUGCCCACUUUCAGUGCCUCUGGUUCCAAGUCUGGGUUGACGAUAUGAAGCUCAGGCCAGAUGAUGUACGUUGACAUUAUCGUCUAACUUGUUUGUCCUGAAGGUGUGGACGAUGAGGAGCUGAGAGAUCAUACAUGCACAGAAGCGUAUAACGAUCUACGCAGUGAUAAACCUGCGAGUGUUCUGUGUUACCAUUGUGAUCAGUUCGCACUUCUGAAAGCUGAGGCACAGCCAGGCCAGUCGGUCGGGGCACCGACUACUCCACAUUGGUUAUGGUUUAAAACAACGGUGUACAGACAGCAGGACGGUCUUGCAUCGCUGGUCAGGGCAGGUCUUGUAACCUCGUCGCUGUUUUGUGGAACGUAGGUCAGGCAUUUUAAAUGAAACUAGAACACACCGCUGGCUCAGAGGCCUUUACUCUGAGAACCAUAACUGGUUUUGCCUCCACAGUCGCCGUAAUGGUCUAUUAGUUUAACACUGCAGUAGCAAAGUAUUUCAUAGGCCGGCUAAAAUACCAUCAGGUGUGCGUUCUUCAUUCGCUUUGUCCAUCAUUUGUUCAUCUGGCCUCGUCUUCCUCGGACACUGGCGUUCUGAUCUGUGCUUGCCUUUGUGUUAGCUCGUUUUCUGGCAUCGUUUAAGCUUUCCAGAGCUGUCAUGACAUCAUUGGACAGUAACGUUCCUCUGCUUUUGAGACAGUUCGAUAGCAUCACACGGAGGUUUAUCCCAUUCUAGAGGAACUCUUGUGACGUCAUGGCAACUGCUGUUGGGAAUAAAAGACGACCAGGGAUAUACAGCUUUAAGCACCCAACUGAACCAACCACCUACUGGCUCAAUCAUAACAUUAUCAGCAUUUAUUUGGAGGGGAAAAGAUUUUAAAAAACAGACAGUAAGGCAAAGAUACAAGACUGCAUACUUAAUGUUUUUAAUGCACUGAUGAUGUCAACCAAUCACCUUAAACACCAAACAUUUCUCAGCUAAGUUUAGCAAUUGCAUAUUUUCUCGACUAAUUUUCUUCAUAUAUUUACACUAUUAUUGCUUAUACCAUAGACGUACGUAGAUACACUGGUAUGGAAGAACGAUUUUAAGAAUUAUAUUAAUCCUCUUAUGGAUUGUUUUAUUAAUGUUGUCUCAAUAGACAAAUAUGAUUACACACAGGGAACCUGUGACGCUUUGUUAAUAAUGAUAAUAAAAGUGUGUGUGUGUGUGUGUGUGUGUGUGUGUGUGUGUGUGUGUGUGUGUGUAUUUACUGUAAUCUGCUCCUGGUGGUAAAUAAUGUGAGGUGUGUAAAUAAAAGUCCUUUGCUGAA